AUGGAUCACCUACAUUCUCCAACACAAAAACGUCCAUUAGUUGAAGAGACUAGCUUACCUACGCCUGAUGUCGCACAUCCACCUUCUGAACAACAGACUAAACGUCUUAGACUCUUACCACCUAUUUCAGUCACUCCUCCGCAAGCACCUCCAAACGCUUUCCAACCAAAAUUUCAACUACCAAUUCCUCCGACCUUACUCGAAUCUAAUGCAACUAACCUAUCAAAUCUUUCUAUCAAUUCCUUAUCCGCAACUGAUUCACCAGUAUUACCAAUCACUUCGCCUAGAGCGCCUUCGGGCCAACAGCAAGAAUUACCCUCUAUUGAUUCUUUAGGUCCUUUACCGCCGAUUCCUCACUAUGUUUCCACCACCCCCCCUAACUCAAUGUCUAUAUCAGCAAUUCUUUCAAAUAAUGAUGAACCAUUUAUUAGAAAGCUUGAUAUGAAUAUCAAGGAAAUUGGAAUUGGGAAUAAUUUGAUCAAACAGCAUAAUUCACAUGAUUAUAACAAUCCACAUCAUUCGUUAAUUUUUGAUGAAAGCUCAAAUGAUAUUCACACUGAAGAAUUAGCAGAAAAACAGGCAGAUAAGGAGCCAGAUCAGAACGAUAUUGAUGACGGAGCGCAAGAUUUAAACUCAGACAAUGCAAACGAUAAUGUAAUUGAUUAUGAUCAAAACGAGAAUAAUAGGGAAAUUGGAGAAGAAGGAAAUGAAUCUGAGGAAGACAAUCAGAGUGACGAAUUUUCAUUUGAUUAUUCCUUAUUUGAAGGAAUAAAUUUACAAAGAGAGCCACACUUGAUUGUUCAAAAUGAUGAGGCAUUAAACAUGGAGGGUCGAGAAGAACGGCAUCUAGGACAUAUAAUAUACAACCCAAAAGAAAUUCUACCACCUUUAGAAUUUCAUGAAAAUGGUUUAUUAGAAAUAUGGAUUUCUUCCAAGCAUUUGACGUGGAAAAACAAUAAAGUUAGAAGCCAAUUUCUAUGGGGUACAGAUGUUUACACGGAUGAUUCAGAUAUUAUUGCAGUGCUUAUUCACACGGGACAUUAUAUUCCUCCACCGCCCAAUUCAUCUAAUUAUCCCGACUAUGAUCUUUGUGUUACUAUCAGGGUUUUACCAAAAUUGGUUCAAUACACCGCAACUAUACGAAAUCAUUAUCAAAGUCGAUCAUGGGGCAAUCAUCAUGGUGUUAGUUAUAAAGUUGAAAGUGUUCGCAAGAUGAAGAAUGGUGAAGCUAUCGGACGAUCGAUAGGCCAUGGCAGGAAAGAACGUCUGCGAAGGUUUCAUAAAAUGAGGAAACGUGCAUUUGAAGAAAGCGAGCUUAACCAAAGCGAAGAUCCUGUUAUUGUUUUUAAUAACGAAGGGGAUCCAUGCUUCAAAUAUACUCCUCAAUUGAUGGCAGACGAUGAAUCCGUGAGAAAACGUCUUAAAAAUGAAGUAAUGUAUUUGGAGAAUGACGAUGAACGUUAUGAAAUAUCCUACGAUGAGACCCGAGACAAAUAUCGUUUUGCGAUUGUAUCAUCUGCUGUACAUUUGGGUCCUCCAGUUCCAUUAAAAGAUCAAGAAAACUCAACUGAUAAAAGACAAAUAUUUCCUUUGCCUUCAAGCUUGGAAGAUUCAUUUCGUGAUGACUUGGACUAUCACGAAAUGACUUGGAAUAUUGUGGGUGUAAUUGUUGCUGACAAAAUCAAUCCGUUACAUAGUUUGCUAUGCAUUUCUAAACGUGUAUUUUGGCGUGAUCGAACCGUAUGA